AUGACCACAUUGUGCGGCAACCUGCAAGACUGCCCACUGCAUCAAAGAACAAAACCCAAAAUGGAGAUCCAACUUCAACCAAGGUUAGACUGCCUCAAGACCGCAGCACAUGUGAUCCUGGAUCUCCAGUUCCACGCUGCCGAGGGAAUGGCAUGGUGGGACUCGUCGCGCCGGAGCCUCGGGGCUUCACUGAGAUCCCAAAAACAACAUCCUCCUCCUGUUGUCGAACCGCCCGCCCCUGCUCCUACCGGCCCUCACCAACGGCCUCGCCAUAUCGACACACACACUGUCCCGCCUCACUCGACCAUGGAACUGGAGAGGGCCCUGCUAUCGCCCAUUACAGAGGAACAGCCCGUUGUAGCGACGCUAGCAGAGGCCACAAACACCGGCCCUCUCGUUGUCCACGUCCAUAUCCAGUUCCACGACCAGGACCUUCACUCCGUCACUCACAGCCAGACAUAUGUUAGUUCGCCAUACUUUGAACCUACGGGGAGGAUAUGCAAUGGCUUGCUUCGGCGUAUCGAGCACUGCUCCGAGGAGCUCAUCACCCGGACCGACCCCACAGCCCUCGAGGUGAUCAAGGAAGGGACCCACGACCGCAAGCCCUUGCGCUUCGAACUCACCUAUCGCGUCACUAGAGCUGGAUGGAUGGGCGAAUGGGCCGUCAGGACGUACAGGUCGUAUCAGCAACGGCCUUUGACAGCGGCCUCGGCCAAGGAGGUCAUUAUCGCAAGUCACAAGACGAUAGGCAUGUUUUUCCGACGACAUGACAGUGAUUUCCGAUGGCUGGGAGGCUCUGUUCUCGAUGCGACUACCGAAACCGCCGAAUCUUCUCUAGAUAUUGAGGUCGCCUUCCGCCACAGGAACCCACGACGACUCAUUCCAGCAUUCAAGAGGGUAGUCAAGGUUUACAGCAAACAGGCAACACCUCUCACGGCUGAGAUGGGCAGAGAUCUACUUGCCCAUGGAGCGGAGGCCAUUAACCGCAGCUUAGGUCUCAGGAAACAGAAGCUUGAAGUUCAUGCGCAGCAAUGUACGACGAUGACAUGCCAGCAUCGCGACAGCACAGCUCUCAACAUCGACGUGAGGAUAACAAACGGGAUGGGGCCUUCUCACAGCAACCUACAGCGCAGCAUACGAAGCAGUCUCUCAUUAUUUCACGAUUCCCACGGCGAAGAUUUUGUACGAGAUGUUGAGGAGUCCCUCGCAGAUGUCACACAGGCUAUCGAUACCCAGAUCAACCAAACGAACGAUUUCGAGUUUACCAUAGUCGAGUUGAAAGGGGUGAAAUGGUCAGUCCAGGAACCAGCGACGUUCACAGUGGGCGCUUCUGCAUCGCAUAGGCGACGAGAUAUCCAGGCGGUUUUGGAACGUAUCCAAACCGGCAUCGGUGAUGUGCUACAGGGGCACAACACGGCUGUACGGGUCAAUGCACGGAAACGGGGACAUUUAGUGUUCCAAGAGGUGAUACAAACACAUGAGAUACCCGGACGGUCAAAGACUUUCCAAUCACCCGAGGAGGAACGAUCUGUUCUCAUAUCCAGACUCACGGAACGAAUACAGAAAGAUAUAGAUAUGAUUUUCAAGGACACCUGCUCAAUCGACGACAUUGCGCUGGAAGAGGAGGAGCGGCACCCUCAUCCGAUCGAGGUUCCGCUUUCACCAGGUCUCUCGGUUGAGUGGCCUGAUAGACAAAACGGGCCAUCACUUGAAUUCCCUCCUUUAUCGGCAAAGACUUCGACCGAGCGAGUAAACGACAACCCAUUAUCCUUCGUCAAGCGAGCAUUCUCUCUCAAACGGCGCUCCACAUCAUCACUGAGGCAGAGCCUACGGUCUAUUGCUAGCAGCAGGUCCAGUUUGAACAGCCAUGACGACGCCUACUCUGUUGAUAUCCCACAUUAUCCCGAAGUGCCAGCGAGACCGGUAUCUCCCAUUCCGGCAACAUCAACAAAGUCGUCAAAGAAAAGGUUCAGCCUCGGCAAGAAGAUUUCCAACAUAUUCAAAUCGAAAGAAUCCAAAAGUGACUCGAAGAGCGAUUCGAAGAACGAUACCAAAAGCGAGUCGAGUUCGAAGCGACGGUUUUUCAGGUCAUCCUCCUCCAAAAGUGCUAGUGCAGCUUCCGCAGCACCUGCAGAGCCAAAGUUAAUGCGCGCUCACACCACCAAAGAAGGAAGCGGCGGUCAGACGCUGCAUCGCCCUACGCGCUCGAUGACGUCGAAUCCCUUAGGUAGCUAUGACCUCACUCCUGCCGCAAGAGGAUCUGUUGAAUAUCCUCGACCCUUCCAAACAGCAACCCCAAAUCUGGCAAACAGGCACGGAUUUGCAUCCAAAACUUUCGAGACAUAUCCACAACCGACAGAACCGCGGUGGUCUGUUGAUCGUUUGGAACGACCUGUAAUGGACACUCCGCAGCUUUAUGAGGAUGCCAAAGAGUUUCCGCACCAACUGCUCACUCCGGGGCUCACGACACGAAACGCCGAUACCCCUAAUUCUUUCCAUUGGUUGGCGAGCCCCGGAGCCGAUGCAUACUCUACGGCACCGUCUACACCCGCAUUGAGCUUAGGUGGAGAGUCUUCGCCGAGGCACAGCUUGCUAAUAAGCCCAGUACAUGUGAGGCAUCCAGAGUUGAAGGAUAAUACUUCGAGCGACUUUGAACCCGAGUCCGAGCCCGAGGAGCCCGAGGUCGGGACGGGGGCGGCUGCGGCGGACGCUUUGGUCGUGGCGGAGACGGAUGUCUUGGAGCUUCCGGAAGACGAAGUGCGAUCUAUUGUAUUUGCACCGCAGGAAUACACUACAGAACCUAAACCAGUAGCCGAAGGGUCCGAUGAAGAGGGUGUAAAGCCAGAGUCUCAAGAUGCUAGCGCGACGGUUAUCUUGGAAGAAGAUACCACGGCGACGCCGUUGGAUCUGCACAAAACAGCACCGGAGCCUAUUGUAUCGAGCGAGACAUUGGCUUCUGAGAAUCAAGAACUCGGAACCGAACCUGCACCCCUGUCCAAUGAGACUGCACCUGAAGAGUCGGACUUCCCCAGCCCUGAUAUCCGCCCUCAGCAGUCCAAUCAUGAGACAACGGUCUCUGUGGAUGCCCGCGACGCAAAUUCGGAGACAAAGUCGGCUCCAGAUAAUGGGACCGAGGUGCAGAAUGUUCCCGUUGUUCAGGUCGGAGAGAAGGUGGUUGCAACUGAGACCGACUACUUCAAUAAUUCCGAGUCUCGUGCCGAAAGCAAACCGACCGCGGAUGUCAUCGACUCCGAUACUAAUUCGGCUAAAGCAACCGACGUACCCGUCUCUCAAAUUGAUAAGCCUGCCGAUGAUCUGACCGGCCUAGUUGCGGAACCACCGAUAAUCCAGUCCGGGCCCGAGGAGGGCAAAACCGAGCAUCAACAUGACCAGGAAUUCGACGCACAUGUAUCCGACGUGGAGGAUGUGCCGCCUUCUACCGAGGAGGUUGCCCAUGAUGUUCAAUCGGCUGUGAACGAGCUUCAAUCCGGUCCCGAAGAACAGACUGCUGACCUGGUUAAUUACGAGGCUGAAGCCGACGCAAGCGAAACCCGUGAUGAGCCCUCUUCAACAGAUGAAUUCACCCAAGAUCGUAAUGAUAAUAUUCCUGAAGAUGAGGAUGUUCGCGCACCUUCAACGGACGAAAUAAGUCCUAUCGCCGAGCUUAUUGCUCAGGAACCCGAGCAAGCACAGUUCAGCCCUGAAGUGGACGCACCCGAACCAGGGGAGGAUAACAUCGAACCCCAAACGGAGGAUCUCAAGCAGAAUGGGUCCGUGGAUUUUCCAAUUGACGUCUCCGAGCCCUCGGUUGCGGAUCCUAUCAUUGCUCCCCUGGAAACCAGAGAAGAUGUGGUUCAACCGGACACAUCGAGCGAGGAGUCUACCUCCGAACAUGGCAAGGAGUCCUCCGAACUAGCAGAGGGUGACAGUAUCUCGCCUGCGGGGUCCGAAACCCUUGUCGAGGAUCAAGAGGAAGAAGACAUGAUCAAUACUCUGGCAUCACUUCAUAUCUCCAAUGUCGAAAAGGAUGCCGGCGCGAGUACCAAGGGUCAUCACGUCUUCUUCCCAUGGACGACAAGUGCCGUCGGCCCCGCCUCAGAGCCUCUCGAGUCCAACAGUCAGUACAUUGACGGGAGUGCACUGGUGGCGCACGCAGAGAUCCCCUGUUUUGAACCUCGGGAGCCGUCGGGCGUUGAAUCAAGGGAUGUAAAGAAUAUUCUCGGUCCCGAAUCAGUGUCCGUCGAGUCCAAGGAAGAUGUUCACUUCGAGAAUGACACAUCCGAGAUCCCCGAUGGAGUACCGAGCAGCCUCGAAAAAGCCGAUGUGGAGUUUGAGGAAGAGGAUCGGCCUCACUCCCCGGUUGACAUCGAUCUCCUUCAACCUUCUGAACUAGUGGACUUUAAGUCUGAGGGUCUUGAUCUGUGCGAGGCUCCUGAAGUAGCGCCGGAGUUUUGCGAUAUCAAGAAGAGUGAUCAUGCCCACGUCGCCUCCGAAGCCGAUCUUCCUCUUGAGGACGCUGUUCCCCUUGAGGAUUAUGUUCCCCUUGAGGACGCUGUUCCCCUUGAGGAUUAUGUUCCCUUUGAGGAGGCUCCCGAUGCUCAACAAGCUCAGCAGCCGGAGGUGGCCCUACCUCCGGUCAACAGGGCUGACGAACCAAUGUCUGUGACUGUUGUAGAGGAAGCUCCUGAUGCUGAGGAAGACUACGAACUGUCUUUCGGUACGGUCGAAACAGCGGAAGAUAUCGAUGCUGCCCAAGCUGUCGAUGAUGUCCAGCACGUCCAGCACGUCCAGCACGUCGAGGAUGUCGGGCCUACCUCUGAGACCGCUCUUGAAGCCCCGGAUCCCCAAGAAGACGAAAAGCUUGAGGUCAGCGCCACUGGGCCGGACGUGACUGCUCAAGAUACCAGCAAUAUCGAGGAGCGCGGACAGCCGUUCGCCAGCACCUCAGACGUUGUUGAGUGUGGCCAUGCUUCUGAGGAUGUCUAUGAUAAUUGGGAUGUUGACGUUGAGGAGAAGCCUCACCUCGAUGAGAGGGGCACAGAGGAUCGUGAUCCUACUUUCCCCCAAUUCUGGCCCAAUUCCUCCUCGAUCUUCAUUCCGUUCGCUCCUCUGGAGGCCCUCGACAAUGACCCUGAAACACCUUAUCCUGAUUCUAUGUCCCCCAAGGAUGUUGCAGCUCUCGGCGUAGAGACAGCUGAGUAUCGUGACCCAACUCUGCUGCAGUUCCGCUCCAACGACGUCCCCGAGAUUGCCGAUUGUUCUUAUGCUUUUGGCGAGCCUGCAGAGGAUGGCUUUGAGGCUUUCGAAUCUACCAAAUCAGUCAGCAGUGGUGUAGAAGAAAAGGCCGAUUACCGCGAUCCCACUAUGCCCCAAUUCCGGCCUCAUGAACUUUCGAAACCGGCGCUCACCCCUUUCGUCUCUCAUGAAGAAGUAACUGAGGAUAACAAUGCCUCUCCACAAACCGUCGAUGCAUCCAGGGAGGAGGUUUCUCAUCCUGGCGAGGGCGCUGCUGAGUACCGCGAUCCCACAAUGCCUCAGUUCCGGCCCAAUUCCUGUAGCUUUGUUCUGCGACCCUCGGUCUCCGUGGUGAUGGCGGAGGCGGAUGGAUACAAGGAGCCACCAGCCUCAGUCGUCGACGAGACCCCGUUCGAGACUUCCAAGCCUAGUGAGGAUGAUGUUGAUUAUCGCGAUCCUACAAUGCCUCAAUACCGGCCCAACUCAUUUGGCAGUGUUUGGAGGCCCUCGGUCUCUAUCUUGAUGGCUGAGGCCAACGGACAAAAAGAGCAGCCAGAAUCGCUGGUUGAUGAGAGCCCUGUCAAGAUUUUCCAGCCUGCCGAGACCGAUAUUAAUUAUCGCGAUCCUACAAUGCCUCAAUUCCGACCUAACUCGCUUGGUGUUGUUCGGCCCACAUCGGUUUCUGUUGUGCUGCGUGAGACAAAUGGGCAUAAGGAGCCACCGGCUUUACUCAUCGAUGAGGUCCCGGGCGAGGCUCUCAAGCCCGGUGAUUUCGAUUCUGAUUAUCGUGAUCUUACGAUGCCUCAAUUCAGACCGAACUCAACGUCUGAAAGCAUGCCCAUUCCCUCCAUCUCUGGAGAAUCACUCGAGCAAGGAGAGCAAUCUGGCGUGCCCGCUGAAGAUGAUAACGAGGAAAUCUCCUCUCAAGGUGAUCAAAGCACCGAGGACCGUGACCCAACAAUGCCUCAAUUCAAGCCAAACCGGGACCGUCCGGAGUUACCUCACCUCAACCGAGUUGAUGCCGAGCCAACGACGCAAAAGAACGUUGAGGUGACCAACGUUGGCCCUGUUGAGACUGAGAAGGGCGAAGAUGGAACUACACAAUUCCACGCAGAGGAUACAGCGUCUCCCGAGCAGCUCGAUGAGUCUGCUCAGCCUGAGCACGUCGAAGUUGAAGCUCCUGGUACUGAACGAGUUCGAGAGGCAAAGCUCGUGGAGGUAGAAGCUCCUGAACAGAUCCAGCCGGAUGCUGCCCUUCCCGCUGAAUCUGUGGUUGACAAUCACUCCGUUACUGGAAAUGAAGAGGCCGAAGCUGGGCCCAGUGAGCCUGCUAACGUGAAUUCCCAACCUGGACCUCGGCCAACCACUGAGCAAUCGGAAGAAAUCCUGGAGCAAGAGGAGCUCUCUCAAGACCAGUAUGACUCUCUUUUUGACCCGGUCGACCCCAAAUCCGUUACGGAGGAAGGCAAGGUUGAAGCCGGUGACCCUGAGCUGCCCGAGGUUGAUUCUGAGUCGGUGUCUGAGCCAUCUUUUAAGCCCACUUCAGAGGACAUCCCAGCCACCCAAGAGGAGGAGCUAUACCAGGAUCAGUAUGAUGCACUCUUUGAGCCGAAAGAAGAGAACGGUCUGCAAGGGACUGCGCACGAAGCGGCGCUCAAAUUUCCGGAAGUUCCGAAGAUCAGCCAGGUCGACUAUCGUGACCCAACGAUGCCUCAGUUCCGGGCCAAUGUCUUUCUCCCGUACCGCGAUCCCACCAUGCCCCAAUUCCGGCCUAACGCAGUCAUGACAAUCUCUCCAAUCUCUGUCCCUGCAAGAGUACAAGAACCGAACGAGAAGAUUGAUCAUGACUACGCCGUUAAGCGUACCAUGGGUGGUCUUGAUCAACUUGAAAGUGAAGAGAGAGCGGGUCUAAAUGAUGAAGUCGUCGAACAAGCAACCGAUCUGAGCGAACAAGUUCUUGAGCAACUUGGUGCCGAGGCUGGACAGACGGAAGACCUUUAUGAGCAGCUGGAGACCGAACAAACCACGCGCGCCAAUGAGUUGCUCGAACAUGUCAUCGAUGAGCAUGCCCUCGAAGAAGCCGAGACUAUUCUUGAGCAAAUUAAGGCCGAGGCUGAACAAACAGAGGUGCUUCUUGAGCAGACGAAUACUGAGCAGGCCGAGCGCGUCAAGGAGCUGCUCGAGGAAGUCAUCACUGAGCAAGCUCUUGAAGAAACCGACAAUGCCCUUGAGAAAAUCGAGGCCGAGGCUGAACAAACCGAAGAGCUUCUCAAGGAACUUGACACUGAGCAAACCGAGCGGACCAUUGAGAUCGCCCAAAACCUCGAGAUCCAGCACUCACUCGAGGAAAAUGAGAAGACGCUUGAGCAACUUGAAAACGAAAUCGAAAGCACUGAAGAGCUCCUUGAGAAGGUUGACGCUGAGCAAACGGAAAGGGUCGAAGAGCUCCUCGAGCAGUUCGAAACAGAGAAGGAAAUUGAGCAAAAUCAGGCAAGCAUGGAAGAUAUUGAUGCUGAGGUCAAAAAGAAUGAAGCCUUGCUCGAGGAACUUGAUAUUAAGCAAGAUGAACGUGCAGAGGAGAUUCUCGAGCAACAGGGGUCUCAACCAGAAGGGUCCCAGCAAGAGCAUAUCCCUACUAGUGCGACCGAGUCAACAGAGGAGUCCCUCAACCCCAGCACUGAAGUCCCUGAGUCGUUCCUGGAUGAAUUCCCCGCAGACAAGGAACAAACUGCCCCUUCGGUUGUUCUUCCUGCUGAAGCGGAGGUCGCGGAGACUGCUGUUGAUGAGGUGCCACCUGCGCCCCUCGAGCUCUUGUCGGAGCCAUUUACGGUUGCGCAAGCGGAGUCCGAUACCACUGAGAUGCAAGAUACUCAACCGCUUACUGUUACCCUGGUUGAUGAUGCUUCUAUCAGUAAGCCGAGUGACAUUGAGAAUGUUCAGCUUGAGCAUCCCGGCAUUGAGCUCGCCAAUCUCGAAGAUGAAGGUCUCGAGGAUGCUGAUGUGGAAUCUGAUGUCCCUGCAGUUGAACCUACCACUGGUCCCGUCAUUACUAAUUCCGACACGUGGGUUGAGCAUACUGAUGUCGGAGAUGUCGUUCUCGAAACCCCUGCUCCGGUUGUUCAGCGAGUCGUCGCGGAAAUUUCUACACACGAGCCAAUCAUCCAAGAAGUCCGGCUCGAAUUUCCCAACAUUGAGCACGCCAACCUUGAAGACGAAGGCCUCGAGGAUAGCGAGUUGCAGCCUGACAUCCCUGCUGCUGAACACGCGGUUGAGCCAGUCGUCGUCAAUUGCGACACCUGGGUUGAGCAUGCUGACGUUGAGGAUGCUGGUGUUCAGGUUCAUGUGCCUGCUGUUGUUUCUACCGGUGAGGAGGCGACCCAGGGAUCGAUCGUGGCUCCUAUUCAGUCAACCCAUGAAGAAAUGCCUACCGAACAGCUAGACAUUCAUGCUGAACCAGCGCUCUCGGCUGAGUGUGUCGCUAAGCCGGAUCUUGAGAUUCUGGCUGCCACUGAACCUCAAUCCGACCAAGAGAUCAACACCACGCAGCCAAACUUCGAUAGCGAUAUCAAGGAGGAGGAACCUUCAACUAGUCAGGUUUCGUUUGCGCAAGAUGCGAAUCUUGAUGAGCAAGAUACUCUUUCCGAGGUGGUGGAUCGAAGCUUGGGUGAUACUCCUGGCGCUGAAGACACAGAUGACUCGACUGGAGAUCUAGCUACACGCGAUGCCAAGGGGUGUCUCAGAGUUGAGUCACUUGAUAACCUCGUUCGAUCCGCCGAGGCAGUUGAGAGGAAGCUGAGAGAACUCCCCGACGAUGAGCCUGCCACUGGCGAGGAUGAGAAAGCCCAUGGUGAGGAAGUGACACCGGCUUUGGAGCCAGUCGAGGAACCCUUGCCCGCGGCACCUGAGGCGAUUGCCGAUGAGACUGGAGACCUUGACGAGACUCCGCUUGCCAUCCUAACGGUCAAGCAGGAGGAUAUGAUUGCGGGACAGGAAAUGCUUCACGACAUCCCCGCAGUUGCCCUACCUGACCUGUGCCUCCUCGAAGAGGUUGCUCCCCACGAGCCAAUCUCUGCCCCAGCAAUCGGGCUCAUCACUAAAAAGCCAUCAGAGCCAGCUCAGCAACCGUCCGACAUCCCCAGUCCCCGCCAAGUAUUCGGAGUUAGUCCCCGCGGCUCUGUCGAUACCAUCCGUGGCUCGGAUGUUGACGAGGAGGAGGCCCCUGAGCUAUACGCUCCUCCUCCCACGGCUGGCUUUUUCGGCUUCCAUCACUAUCAUGAGAACAAGUGGGCUAAGGUCGGCUUGCUCGAUGCAUUGAUCAACUCUACUUCUCGCCGCUUCAGUCUCCCCCUUCAGGCGUUGUUGCAUCGCAGACACAAGUCGGAUGCUCCUCAAUAA